AUGAAUGAAGUGAAGGCCCUGAUUAUGGGAAAGCAGUCUCCCAAAUCAGAUAUCAGUGUUGACCUUGUUGAUACCAUAGGUAAAUUAGUAGAUCGGUGCAACCAAGUUUCCAGUGAUGGUCCUGGCUACAGAAAGCUGAGGUUGUUUUCAGGGCUGAAACCUGUCCCUCCAGGUGAAGAAGAGUAUGAAAUCUGGAUGGAGCAGGCCGCUCAAAUGAUAAGUGAAUGGCAGUGCACCGAAGCUGCAAAGAAACAACGCAUUGUUGAGAGUUUACGAGGUCCUGCUGCUGAUAUUGUCAGGUUUUUAAAAGUGAGUAAUCCAUCUGCGAUUGCAAAUGAGUACUUAGCUGCCCUUGAGACUGCAUAUGGAACUACUGAGAGUGGGCCUGACCUUAUGGCUAGAUUUCGUCACACCUACCAGGAAAAUGGAGAGAAACUUUCAGCUUUCUUGUAUCGCCUAGACAAACUUCUCCACAGAGCCUUGUUGAAAGGUGGGAUUGAUGCAGUUGGCAUAAAUAGAGCCAGAAUGGAGCAGUUAAUAAAGGGAGCCCUUACCAAUGAUAUGGUUGCUUUGCGAAUCAGAAUGACUCACACUUUGCAGAGUCCUCCAUCUUUUUCACAGUUGAUGAAGGAAAUACGUGAGGAAGAACACUGGGUAGCUGCAAGGGAAAAUGUUAAAGCAUCUGUGGCCACUGUUGUCUCUCCCCAGGCAUAUGUGCCAUCUGAAUUACAAAACCUGAAGAAGGAGGUUAAAGAGCUAUCUACCCAGGUGAGUCAACUGUUGAAUGUGGCGACUGUGCCUUGUGGUUCUGAUUGUGCUCCAGAGAGUGUGAACCGAGACAACUCCCAAAAAGCUAAAUCCACCCAGCCACCAGUGCCUGUGAUCUUUUGCUACAAAUGUGGUGAAGACGGACAUAAGAAGUGGGAGUGCAAAGCACCUGAGGACCUCAGAAAAGUGUAUCAGAAGCUGAUAAAGAUGCAGUACCUGCAGGGAAACUGGGCCGGAGCUCAGUGA